UCGACCUAUUAUCGCAACCGAUGAUACAACGUACCUAAUAACGCUAUUGUAUUGUUACAUAGCGUUUUCCGAUGCUAUUAAUAUUCGAUUUUCUUGUAGGGUCUAGCAAAAGCUCAAAACCUUCGAUAUGAAGAUGAGUUGGCGAGAAAGCGAUUGCAUGUAAGAAUGAAAACAAUGAACCUCUGUUUAAGAGUUUAAAGAUUGUAUUUUUACUAGCAAGUCUCUUACUUGAAAAUUAGACGGAUCAUGAAGCUCAGAGACGGCAUAAUGUGGAAUUGGUUAAGAUGCAAGAGGAGUCUUCUAUCCGGAAAGAGCAAGCAAGGAUUGCCACGGAAGAACAGAUUCAAGCACAGCAGCGCCAGACUGAGAAAGAGAGGGCUGAACUUGAGCGAGAAACAAUUUGUGUCAAAUCCAUGGCUGACACUGAAGGCAGAGCUCAUGAAGCCAAACUUACGGAGGAGCAGAAUCGAAGAAUGCUUUUUGAUAAGAUAAAUGGUGAAAGGGAGAAAUGGCUUGCAGCUAUCAACACAACCUUCGGUCACAUUGAAGGGGGAGUCAAGGCUCUAUUAACUGACAGAAAUAUCCUGAUUAUGACUAUUGGAGGAGCUACAGCAUUAGCCGCUGGAGUUUACACAACUCUCACUUAUUUUUGUGUAGAGUUUCUUUUUUAAAGGAAAAAACGUUUUUCAUAUCUUUAAGUUGUUUUCAAACUCAGGUUGAUGUUCGAUCCAUAUGCUAAAGCUGUAUAUGACUAUCUCAAAUUAAUAAAAAAACACUGUAAAAGCUAAAGUGUGAAUGUAUACUGUAGGUACACGUACGGUAUACCUUUCCAUGCUAGCACAUUUCUUUCAAGAGGAUUUUGGUGACUUUUCUAUAAAAAAAACACCUAUGUAACAUGUUCGGAUCGGAUUCUUCUAAAGACAACUCUUGAUAGCCAUAGAAGAAACAUAUCAUACUUUAAAAUGCCACCUUAUCAACGCUUAUCAUUAUAGGAUAAAUUUUUAUAAUAUCUAUUAGUGUGUAUGUUUUUUGAAAUUGUUUAAGCAAAUUUGAUACACUAUCAAGAGCUGCAGAAAUUACAUUAUCAAAUUAGAUUAAUACUAAUUCUGUAAAAAUACAAAAUUUAUAUAAAUUUUUUGUCCGCGGUGUAGCGCGGGUAUUAACCUAGUUUGUAUAAUGAAUCAACCAGCCCUUUUUCAUAGACAUUUUCAAUUGCAACCGAACUAAUUUAACUGAGAUCUAAAAUCGAGACAAACAGUUAUCUAUAUUAUUAAAAUAAAAAUACCCAUUAAAAAUACUCCUAAAUUUUUAACUUAUUUACACUUCCAUGCCACUAAGAAUUAAAUUAAACUACAUAUUUUAAUGUUUGUCUUUUCCAGUUAGAUUAAUGUGUUUUCUUUAAUCAAAUUUAAAUUUAAUGUUAUUAAAUGAACAUAUAUAUUUUAAUGCUUGUCUUUUUCAGUUAAAUUAAUGAGUUUUCCUUAAUCAAAUUUAAAUUUAAUGUCAUUAAAUGAACCUAAAAAUACAUCAUAUUUAACGUAGCUUAUUACGGACGACUACGGCCUAAUAAUGAACUUGAAUUUUAUUUUUACGAAAACGUGAAUCACUUGACGUAUGUAAUAUUUAAAAUAUAUUAACUACAAUAUAACAAAUGCAUAUAAUCUUCCUAUACUUUAGUUUGAAAUGAUCAUGCUCAAGUUUUAAAUAGUCAACUUACAUCAUGCAUCGAUCAAUGUACAAUAUUCAAACCACCUAUAGUUUUCGUUUUCCUUAUAGGAUGUAUCAACCAACCAAUCAUCCUAUUGAUUUUCUAAGCUUUAUAAAAAAACAAAUCAAUAAAUACAAACUCAAAAUCUAAUAUCUUCUAUUAAUCAAAACAAAAUAUCUUCAAUGUCGUAUCUUUAAUGUACCUAUUAAAUAUAGAAACUGUAACCAUAAUUGCACUAAUUAUAAGAAUAGAUUUGAUUACAACCAAUUGAUCUAUUAUUUCGGCAAUUGAUUUGCUUGCAGAAAAGGAAACAAUAAAUUUAAAAUUUGUAAUAAUAUA